GGUACAGCUUAAGAAAAAACACCAGCCACCAGCCAUGCAUGGUGACGAGCCAGGCCCAUGCCUAGGGGACUCCUAGGCGCUCGCUCCAUUGCGGCCCGAUUUGAAGCGGCGCCUGGGAAGAAUACGAGUCCGGCAAGGACACCGAGGUCGGAUGGACUUGGCAUGAUGAGGAGGGCUCCCGUCCAGUGUUGCUCCCUUCCACUCUGAAGGGCAACUUUGAAGAUGGCGCACUGAUCCGGGUGAAGUUUGCGGAGAAGCCGGAGCUUCCGUUCUUCAUUCGCGCGAAUGCAGAGUACUACUCCGACCGUCUGAAGACUGGGAACAUCUCCAUCACCAAGUCCAUCCUCAAUGCAGCGGGUGUGCCUGGGAAUGAGAAGCGUGCCAAGCUGGAAGUGGUGGAGGAAGGGGCAGCUGCAUUGAAGCGAAUGGUCAUGGUCAUUGGUGACAUUUUCCUCUCGAAGCGUGACUUGUGGCACAUGCAGCUGGCCAUGAUGCAGCGAAGGGGCCGCAUCAUCUACUGUGGCUACAGCCAGAACUUCUGCGAGCACGUACCCCGGAGCCACAUUGAGCAGCUGUUGGGUGCCGAUGGGAAGCCCGUCUUCUGUGGGUCGGUGAGCAUGAGGACAGAGGUGAUCUUCAGGUCCUCGAGCGCUCACAUGUUCUUGCUCAUCGAGGUCAGUGCUGAGCUGUUUCAAUAUGGGCUCAUGGGCCUUCCGUACUGGCAGAUUCUAUUGGAUUGCCUAGGGCAAUGUAUGGAGAGAGUCUGCAAUGCAUCGAGCAAAAAGAUGAGUCACUACAUCCGCCUGCUGCUCUUCGCGCGGCGGAAGCCGACCGUGGGCACCACGCCGGGCGACGGCACGUGCCGGGCGCCCACGGCCACGCGCAAGGAGUUCACCGCCUAUGGACCGCCUGAGGAUCAUCAGGACUUCUACGAUGUGAUCUUCGAGGGCUACGCCUCCGCCAUGCCAUCGCCACAAGAGCUGCGCAGCCGCGUGAGUCGGAUCUUCCUGACGCUGUUGGAGGAGGAAGAGAUGCUCGGCGCCGGGUUCACGCUGCGGCCCGCAGCGUGCGGGUCGCUGCGUGCGGGUCGCAGGUCUAUCCCUUCGGGGUGCUGGAAGUACAAGAAAGACCCCACGGCCUGGGUGGAGCAGCAGAAGGGAGCUAAGCCGUCUGAGAUGGGCCCUUGGCAGCGGAUGAGAGCUGGCGAGCUGGUGGAGUCCGAGGAAGGCAACCUCUUGGAGUGUCUGAACUUGGCGCUGAAUCACUUUGACCAGCACCACCUGGAUCGAGACCUCAAAGUCAGUGGCCAGGUGGUGGUCAUCAUCACCGCAGGCUGUGGGCUCAUCCGGACCCGCACCAAGGAGCUCUACUUGUUGACGAAUCGUCGAUGUUUGGCCGCUGGACACACCUCCUUCCAGUUGGUGGGCGUGAAAGAUCCUCCGUGGCACCGUGUGCCCUGGGUUCAAUGGCCAGGAGGACCCACGCUGCAUGACCUGGUGCUCCCGUCCCAGCCCAUCGAAUGGGAGGGCGACAAACGCUUGUCACCCUUUCCAGCUUGGCUCUCUUAUAUCCCUUACCAGGAGGCCGUCUUUUGCCCAUGCUUGGACAACAAAGACUGGGUCAAGGCCGGCUUCCUCCCGUUGUUGGAUUCAGCUCCUGCGGUGGCGUCGACGCCCAUCCCCCGCUGGACCAAUAGCAUUUGCAGCCUGGAGGAACAGCCCAAGCGCGCCAGACAGGAAAUGCCGGAGCUCUCCCCGAAGUCCAUGCCCAGCUUCCCCGACACCGGCCCUGCGCUGCGCUCCUUCCGGAUCUCGUCCAACCAGAAGACCUGGGACGAGAUCAGGCUGCCGCGCCUGCGCGCGCAUCUCAGUAAGUCCAAGAAGUCCUACCACUGCUACGCCCCCGUCGCUUACUCGGUGAACCCGCAGCGCUUCGGGAACACGGAAGGCGCCAAAUUGGAGCUCAUGUAUGACUUGGUGGGCUUGAGGUUGGCAGCCUUGGGUGGAACUCAGAUUGCUUGGCACGAUGGCGUCGCAGGGGAUCAAGAGGCUGGAAAGCCUGAGCAGAUGCAGCCAUGGCAGGUCUACGCCAACUUGCUGCCCACCUCUCUCCAUGACCUGACGGUCUUGGCCGCUUGUGGCUCCGAGUGGCGGUUCAAGCCCCAAGCCACCGACCUCACGGUCUCCCGAACCGAACGCUUCAAGUACGACCGGGACAAGGCCACGAGUUUCCUCUACGAGCAGUUCUUUGUGCACCUUACCUCUACCUGGAAGCGCUCGCAAUGGAUCGAAUCACGUUGCGUCUUCCACCUCCAAGAACGUUUGGACUGGAACUUCUUAGACCACGUCCUGGCAGGAGUCUAUCAAAUUCCUCCGGCCUUGCCCUACCCCGUGGACCGCUCCCAGCUGCAUGACGAUCUCAUGGUGCCACGGCGAGACAGCUCCACCACCUCAUUCGCGGGCGACACACGUGAUGGCUGGCAGCUACGAGGAGCCCUGAAGCAGCACAUGCUGAUCCUGAUGCCCAAGUCCUCUUUGGCAUCGUCUCACUGGGAGAUGAUGAGGUGCGUUUUGGCCCGACUGGGUGGGCAAAUCACGAUCGGCAAGGACCCCUUUGAUGCCUUCUCCGAGAUUGGCGCCUUUGAAAAGAACCAGGAGAUGCUGCUGGAAGCGCUCCUGGAGCGCCAGGCGCGCGUCAUCGAGACGGCCUCGGACUGCACGUCCUUGCCCUCAAGAGGCACCUCGAGGAAUGACUUCCCGGACAAACGGCCACAGGCCUUGAGUGAGGACACAGUCGUCCUGAACUUCGAAGUGAAGGACAAAUCCAGAGAGGAGGUGGACCUGGGCGUCACCCGCGCGGUGAGCGGGCCCAACGAGGAGGUCUCCUCUGAGAUCCAGGACGAAGUGAGCCCGUCUGCUGAUGCGCAGCAGCUCCUGGAGGACUUUGCCAAUGUGAGGAAGUGUACUGUCCAGCAGUUUGAAUCCUUCCAAACUGGACUCAAGAAGCUUUGCUUCGGGCGUUUGCCACUGCAGCAGUUCGAGAAAGAGUCGAUGGGCAUCGACACCUCCAUGAAGCACUUCACGGUGGGACGUGCGGAGAAGACGGUGUCGGUCCGAGGGGCGGAGCUCGAGACAUCCUUUCUCCAGAGCCGUGAUUGGUUUGGUGCCUUCUACGACGACGUGUACAGUCCACCCAAGUUUUUCCAUAUUGUCUUGGAGUGGAUCGCCUGCUCUGCCUGCCACAUGACCUCGUUCCUCACGAACUUGGACAAGUUGGCGGCCCGCCAUGGCUUUCGCCUGCUGCGUUUGCCUAUUGGGAUCCUCUUCCCACAGCCAGCGCCCGCAUGGGUUUGGAGCUCCGACCAGGAGACCAACUUCGAUCGGCUGCCCUUCUACCCCAGGAAGCGGAUGAGCCUUCCCACCUUGGCGUUGCCACGGGAACAGGUCUAUGCUCGGCUCCUACAGGCCUGGGUGAAGCCGCCCCUGAAGUUCCACUUCAUUUUCGCGUCACCCAUCCAGGAUUUCAAGGCCUACCCCAUUGUGGCAGAGGAGGACGCCAAGGAAAAGACCAGCGCCAAGAAAGAGGUCUAUCAGCGCCUGAAAGGCUGGGUACUUUGUGACCCGGACGGUUUCUGCCUGGCCACGCUGCGAGAGGAAUGCAUUUACUUCUUCGAGAACCCCUUGCACAUUUUCCACUCGAGGACGCAAGAGCGUGUGAAGGAUAACCUCAGAAAGGCGGAACGAGUCCAUCAGCUCUUCUUCCAUAUCACCACUGACCUUUUGGAAUCCAUGAGCCAGGAGAAGCCAGCUUGAUGCCAGGCCGGGCAUGUGAAGGAAGCAACCUGUACCACGUGAGAGUUGCGAGGGUUCUCCGGUCACCAGCUGAUGCCCAGUUUGAGGCUCGGCAGCGGCAUUUGGAAACCCUAAAAAGUGUGGAAUCUCGUGUAGGUAGGGCUCCGCAGGAUUAGAUGGUAUGGCUG